AUGGCGACCAAUCAUUCUCCUCCCCUCGUUUCUGCAGGGCCCUUGCUCGUCCCCGUCCAACUGAUCCCACGACGGAACGCCAGAUCCAAGCAGCGCUUUUAUCGCCUCAGCAAGCCCAAGGUCCGCAGUGGUUGCCUGACAUGCAAGACUCGACGUGUCAAGUGUGACGAGGGCAAGCCAGCGUGUGCGCGGUGUGUUCGCGGAGAUUUUGUAUGCGAUGGCUAUGAGACACAGCCUACAAAGCAUGAGGUUGUUCUCGUGCCACCACCAGCUCAGCUCGUGCCGGUAAAGUUCUUGCCGCUUGCUCCGUCUCCGCUGCCUGGCCUCGAUGGACGUAGUGUACCGUACCUCGAUGCCUUUCGGUAUCACGUGGCGCCGGAGCUCUCGGGGAGCUUUUACAUGGAUUUCUGUGAGGGCACAAUUCUUACUGGUGUGCACCAGGAUGACUCGAUUCGUCAGCUGGUGCUAGCACUUGGCGCCUUAACCCUUGCCAUCGCCGAUGAAGCGCGCGACACGAAGCAGUCUAUCGCCCAAUCGAAGCCUUCGCCGCUGAAGGUUUGGGGCCCAAACAGUGUCAAGAACCGAAAUCAUGCUGCUUCUCUGAAGCAUUACCUCAAGGGCGUUCAGGGUCUCCGUGAGCGAUUAAAGCUCGACCCAGCGCACGUCUCUGUACGGACUAUGACGGUUAUGACGAUUCUGAUGGCUUUGUUUGAGAUAUUACAGGGGAACCAUCGGUCGGUGGACAGUAUACUGAAAAGUGUUACUGCCCUGUUGAACGAACAUCUUGCACAACAGAGGAGCACAGAAGGCAGUAAGGAUGAGAUCACGUCGGUCCAGCAUACCUUCCUCUGCUUUUCUAUGAUGUGUCAAUACUCCCGUCAAAUCAUAUCGGCCAUACCGAUCUAUAUGCAGAUAAACACAGUCUCUGCCACGGAACCGCCAGUAUAUGGGCUAGACUUGCCAAAGUCCCUUCUUGGCCGAUGGAGGUUGUUCAACAGUGCUAUGAUGGCGUACAUAGGGCAGGCCCAUAAUGUAGUGACACUGAAAGACACGGAAGUCAUCAAGCAAUUCCAUCAACGCGGUCGAAUUCUAUACAAGCAAGCGCUGUCAUGGGUUGAAGUGAUCCGGGCCUAUCUCAAGAGUGACCUUGACGAGGACCAUCUUCACCGGCUGAAGCUACUGGAGAUACACUGCGUUGUAUCAGAAAUCCACUUGGAUUGUAUCCUUGUACCGUGCGACUUGUCUUAUGACCGGUACGAGGACACAUUUAAAGCUCUGCUUGACGACUGCACGGCGUGGUUGAAGCAGCAAGUACGGAAUGGCGUUCCUCGUCAUAUCACUCUUGGCGAGGGUAUACUGAUUCCACUGUCGGGUAUCGCUCGUCUGUGUCGAGUCCACGAUGUGCGUAUGGAGGCACUCUAUCUCAUACAAAGUGUCACCUGGCAAGAGGGUGCUUGGGAUCCUCAGUUUAUAGCACUAGGAGAGCUUGGUACCGUGGUGAUGGAGGAGCGGGGGAGAGAACAAAGUGGGUUUAUACCACCGUCUUCUAGAUGGCUUUGGGUAAGCAACAUGGAUGGAGAGAAUGAAGGUGGUGAUCCCCAUGGCCUCUAUGUUUCUAGGUUCCUGGAUGAGAAUGGACAGCCACUGCUACGAGUGAUACCAUAUGAUAACUCAUGGUGGGAUGAGGUAUGUGAUAUUUCUGAUUGCAAGAAGGACCAUGCGACGAGGUCGAGGGAGGUAUUUCAGCGUUUGGAAGGGGGUAGGUAG